AUUGAAAAUUGUGGUCUUUUAGAAUUUCCAUCUAAGGGAAAUACUUUGUCAUAGAGUGGGAAGAGGCAAGGACAAACGGUUCGAUGUAGAUUAGAUCGGGCUUUAGAAAAUGUAGAAUGGCAUAAUCUAUUCCCGUCAGCUUUUGUGGAAUAUUUGGGAAUGGUAGGCUCGGAUCAUAGGCCCAUUGUUACAAGUUUAGAUGAGAAAUUAAUCAAAACUAGGAAACAAUUGCGUUUUGAUAAGCGAUAGAUUGGUAUGGAAGGGCUUAUGGAUUAUAUUUCACAAGGUUGGUCUACGGAAAAUCUACGGAAUAAUUCGGGUAUCGUAGAUAAAAUUGUUAAUUGUCGACACGAAAUAUCGGUUUGGAAGAAAAAUAACCUUCCAUAUGGUAAGGAAAAUAUAAGUUCUCUACAGAAGGCUUUAGAGGAAAUUCAGGGUGAUAAUACUAAAACGUAUGAGGAGGUACUAGAGGUAUCCAGGAAAUUAAAAGAGGCUUAUAGGGAUGAAGAACUUUUUUGGGAACAGAAGAGUAGAACGACUUGGCAUGCCAAACGGGAUCGGAAUACUAAAUUUUAUCAUGCGCUUACUAAACAGAGGCAAAUACAGAAUAAAAUAGUGGGGUUACAUAACAGUGGUGGUGACUGGGUUACAUCGGAAGAAGAGAUUGAAGGGGUUGCAGUUGAUUUUUACAUGUGGUACCUAGUUUGAUUACGGAGGAUCAAAAUAGAAUUUUAACUUCAUGGACAUCAGAAAAGGAAGUGAGAUCAGCUUUAUUCAUGAUGCACCCGGAGAAGGCUCCGGAUCCGGAUGGAAUGACGGCUCUGUUCUUUCAAAAAUCAUGGUCGAUUAUUAAAACGAUAUUACUGAUAUGGUUAAUGAGUUUUUCAGGACAUGAUCUUUGGAUGAAAGAAUAAAUAUGACCAAUAUUUGCCUUAUUCCAAAGACAGUGAGGCCAGUUAGAAUGACGGAACUGUGACCCAUCAAUUUAUGUAAUGUAGGAUAUAAAAUUAUUUCAAAGGUGUUGUGCCAACGGUUGAAAAGGUUAUUGCCUCACCUGAUCAGAAACACAUUCUGCUUUUGUUUCUGGGCGGUUGAUUUCUGAUAAUAUUUUAAUUGCACAAGAGAUGUUUCAUGGAUUACGGACAAAUAACUCAUGUAAAGAGAAAUUUUUGGCUAUAAAGACAUAUAUGAGUAAGGCGUAUGAUAGAGUUGAGUGGCCCUUUAUUGAGGCUAUUUUACUAAAGUUGGGUUUUGCACAACGAUGAAUCUCUCGGAUAAUGUCUUGCAUUUCUUCGGUACAAUACAAAGUAUUAAUUAAUGGUCAACCUAAAGGACAUAUUAUACCAAAUAGAGGUUUGCGACAAGGUGAUCCUUUGUCGCCUUAUUUUUUUAUUUUGUGCACUGAAGCAUUAAUAGCAAAUAUUAGGAAGUAGGAAAUGUUACUAACCGGGCUAAAAAUUGCACGUGGAAGUCCGGCAGUUUCUCAUUUAUUAUUUGCGGAUGAUAGCCUUUUUUUAUGCAAAGCCAAUAGGCAAGAAUGUGAGGUCAUUCUACAGAUUUUGAAAGAUUAUGAACGUGCAUUGGGACAACAGAUUAAUUUUUUGAAAUCAUCCGUCCAGUAUGGACAUAAGGUCCCUGAGUCAGCACGGUUGGAGGUACAACAGGUAUUGGGUAUCACUACACUAGGUGGUAUGGAAACAUAUUUGGGAAUUCCAGAGAGUCUUGGUGGCUCUAAAACACAGGUUUUUGGUUUUCUUAAUGAAAGGGUUAAUAAUAAGGUUAAUCAUUAGACUCUCCGAUUUAUUACAAAUGGUGGUAAGGAGGUUUUAAUUAAAUCAGUUGCAUCUCCCAUGCCAACUCAUGUGAUGUCUUCUUCCGUUUACCGCAAACAGUGACUAAGAAACUUACGAGUACAAUUGCUCAUAUUUGGUGGGGUGGCAGCGGUAAUUCAAAAGGUAUGCAUUGGUUUUCGUGGGACAAGUUGUGUAAGGAUAAAACUGAAGGGGGCAUCGGUUUUAGUGAUAUUCAGAAUUUUAAUACGGCUUUAUUAGCGAAACAGCUAUGGCGUUUAAUUGAUAAACCUAAUUCUCUUUUUGCAAGAGUUUUCAAAGGACGAUAUUAGCAAAAUUCAGAUCCUUUGGAUCCUAUUAGAUCAUACUCUCCCUCGUAUGGAUGGAGAAAUAUUACAUCCGCUAGAUCUCGGGUUAAUAAAAGGCUAAUCAAAAGAGUAGGAACAGGUUCAAGCAUUUCAGUCUGGAAUGAUCCUUGGAUCCCCGCUCCUCGCCCGAGGUCAGCAACCCCAAAAUUUUCUAAUCAAUUUUUGAAUACAUUACUUAAGGUGGAGGAUCUCAUUAAUCCAGUUGAUCUGUCUUAGAACCUGGAUUUACUCAAUGCAUAUGUUCAUCAGGACGAUGUGAGUACUAUACUGAGUUUAGCUUUUAGUCGUAACCCUAAGCCAUACUCAUAUGGCUGGCACUUUACGGGUCACGGUAGAUAUACAAUUAAAUCUGGAUAUCGUACUGCGAAAUUAUUUCCUGAUAUGGGUGAACAAAAUAUUGAUAUGGGACCGAAUACUAAACUUUUACUGGCACAAUCUUGGAAACUGCAGUUUUCACCAAAAUUGAAACAUUUUGUUUGGAAAAUAAUUUCCAGUUGCUUACCGGUGUAUAGAAAUCUUCACUCACGUGGUAUUAAAUGUGAUAUGCAAUGUCAAUUGUGUGGGGCUGAGGAAGAAUUUAUUAAUCAUCUGUUUUUUAGUGUCCUUUUGCACUUUAAAUUUGGGCAUUAUCUAAUGUUUCGUCUUGCCCAGGGAUAUUUCCGACCUCAUCUAUUUUUACAAACAUGGAUUAUCUUUUUUGGCGGUUACCAAAAGAACCAGAUUUGAGCUACUUUUCCUGGAUUCUAUGGUUUAUUUGAAAAAAUCGGAAUGGAAAAAUUUAUCAAAAUCAGACAAGGGAUCCUUUCGAUCUUCUCCGGACUGCGGAAAUAGAAAGUGUCAUGUGGGCCGAAUCACAGACCAGUGAUUCUCCAAAUACGGGAUCAUCACAUAUUGUGGAUCACCUCAUUACAUGUGAUACAAAUAGAUGUUAUAUAGAUGGAGCAUGGAGGGCACAAGACUCGUGCACGAGACAAGGAUGGGUUUAUAACGAAGGUGGAUCAACUGAUACUAUGAUGGGUGCCAUGUCUAUUCGCAAAAGUCUAUCACCUUUACAUGCUGAAUGUGAAGCUUUGAUAUGGGCGAUGGAGCGUAUGAAGACCCUACGAAUCUCAGAAGUGGUGUUUGCAACUGACUGCUCUCAACUGGUGAAGAUGGUGUCAACACCAACAGAAUGGUCAACAUUCACUACACACAUGGAGGAGUUUCUGCGAUGUAAGGAUUUUUUUCAUCCCUUUACUAUUCAGCAUAUUCCGAGGGUACAAAACACAAUGGCGGACAAGCUAGCACGAGGUGCUAGAAAUCAGCCUGCUGCUAUGGUUUAUGUUGAUUGAUUCUCCCGAGGUGGCUCUUGGAUCAUGAAUCUGCUUAGUUCUUUUUUAGCCUUUUGUUGUAAAAAAAAAAUAUUUAACAUGUUUACCAAUUUUUUUUACUUUUCCAUUUCGAUAAAUGACAAAAACAAAUAAAAUAAAUAUAUUACCAAUUUACCGCAAAAUCAAUUUUGAUACAUCCUAUAAGUUAACAAGUUGGAUGUGUUAACUCUCUCUUUUCUCUCCUUCGUACAACUUACAACUUCGUCUUCUCCGCUCAGCCUCUCCACUGUUUUGGCUCAGCCUCUCCACUGUUUCAGCCUCUCCACUGUUUUUCGCUCUUCUCUCUCUCCUUUACCCUCUCCAUCUCAUACUCUUGUUUGUCGAUCGUCGAUAUGUUGUCUGUUGUGGGCUCGUCUCAGGCGUCGCUGCCCUGAGUUCUGGAGCGGUCGCGAGUCGUGUCAAGGGUAGGAGCGUGGGUGGUCUAUUCCGCGGUUUCUCUAAGUUCUCGUUCAGAUCUGGCAAGAUCUGCUUUAUUGGUGGUUCGUCGGGGCUCAGCGAUAUACCGAAAGUAAAAAUUAUUAUUAGUAAAAACACUAAAAAUAGUUACUUAUCCUUAUCAUUAUUCAUCAUUUUACCUUUAUAAGUUUGUGUAAGAAAUAUGACAUUUAAGAGGAAGAAAAAACAAAAGAAAACUCAAAACUAAAGAGUUAUUACAAAUCCAUCCUCAAUGAUUACUGUUUCUCCUGCUCGGAUAAACUCGAUCAGGUUUUCAUUUUCCUAUUGAACACUUUCUAUUUCUGAUUAUUUUCUAAGGAUAAAAUUAUUCUUUUUACCAAACAUCUGCAGGUCCAAUCACACUAUCUUAUAAUAAAAAUAAAAGAUCUUUCUCGAUUAAUCUCAUUAUAUAACUUUUUUUAUAGAACUUUUCAGUAAUUCUAUUUACAUAAAAAUGUAAAUAAAGAUUCAAUUAAAGAAAAGGUUCGAAAGAAAAAUAAAUAAAACCACAAAAAUAGAAAUAGAGAAUCUUUUUUUAUUUUCUCUUUUGCUCAGCUCUUACCUUUGUCUGACAAUCGCUCUCCUUCCUCCUAUUCGAUUUCCUUUGUCUAAUUUUUUUUUAAUCCAUUGUCCUCUGAUUCUCUCUGGAUCUGUAAGUUUUCAAUUCAUCGAUUGUUUCAGUUUUUUAGCCUCGUUGAUGGAUGUGGUGACUUCACCUAAACAUAAUGUGCCGAUGAAAUCUGCUGAGAUCAUCGCUGAGGAAGAGUCUCCUAAGCACAAUGUUGAAACUGCUUGUGCAAAAACAUUGGAGGAGAGCAAUGUGGAAGAGAUUAAAACAGUUGAGACCAGAGAUGAGGAUGUUUAUCCUAAACCCAUUGUCGAAACUGAGGAUAUAAUCGACGAGAUGGAGUCUAUAGACAUCCACAAUGAGGACAAGACUGUUUCGUUGGAGUGUGAAACACAACAAGAUAAGAUGCUUAGUCCUAGUAAUGAUGAUGAUGAUGAUGAUGAACAUGAUAGUGAGAGUUCUCACGAUUCAAAAGAUGACGUUGAUGAAGAUGAAACAAUGGAUGGUAAAGAGAAGCCAAAACCCGACUCACCAGAUUCUAAUCCUUCGACGUCUGCUUGGACGGAGAAAGCAGCUGCGAUCAAGAAGUUCGUUAGAUUGAAGAGUGAAGUCGCAGUACAUACAGUGAUGCGCCGUCUUUCCGGGAGAAUGAAUGAUGAGAAUGGUGUUUACGACGCAAGAGACGAUGCAACCAAAUCGGUGGAGUCUCCUAAAACAGAGGGAAAGUCGUCCAUAUGGAAUCCCUUAAGCUACUUGAAGAUGAUGCAGAACGAUACAGUUGAUAAAGUAGAAGUGAAGAACGUGGAGGAAGCAGAGUUGGAGCCUGUAGUGAUGAAAGGUAGGAUUAUACUCUAUACAAGAUUAGGGUGUGAGGCAUGCAGAGAAUGUAGGUUGUAUUUGCAUGGAAAGAGGCUUAGAUAUGUGGAGAUAAAUAUUGAUAUCUACCCAUCUAGAAAGCAGGAUCUUGAAAAGAUUGGUGGAUCAUCUUCUUCAGAUGUUCCUAAGGUAUUCUUCAAUGAAGAAUUAGUCGGGAGUGUUAAGGAGAUUAAGGAAUUGGAUGAAUCAGGAGAGCUCGAUGAGAAGAUUAAACAUUUGAUAGAUGAAGCAUCACCUAGGGAAGCUCCUCUGCCACCAUUCUCAGGAGAAGACGAUGCAUCAAGUAAAGGUCAUGUAGAUGAACUAGCUUUAAUAGUGCGGAAGAUGAAGCCUUGCAUCGUCAAGGAUAGGUUUUAUAAGUUACGAAAGUUCAAAAACUGUUUUUCAGGUUCAGAUGCUGUGGAUUUCUUAUCAUCUGAUCAAUGUUUAGAAAGAGAUGAGGCCAUUGAAGUUGCAAGAAAACUUGCAAGCCAACUCUUCUUUCAACAUGUCUUAGAGGAGAAUCUGUUUGAAGAUGGGAAUCACUUGUACCGGUUUCUAGAUGAUGACCAUGUCGUGUCAUCUCAAUGCCAUAACAUCCCUAGAGGAAUCAUUGAGAUAAAGCCAAGGCCGAUCGCUGAAAUUGCGUCAAGACUCAGACUUUUGUAUCGAGCAAUUCUUGAAGCUUACACUUCGCCUGAUGGAAAACAUGUUGACUACAGAAGCAUUCAUGGGAGUGAAGAGUUUGCAAGGUACCUGCGAAUAAUCCAAGAGCUCCACAGGGUACAGCUUGUAGAUAUGUCGAGAGAAGAAAAGCUCUCCUUCUUUAUUAAUCUUUAUAACAUGAUGGCUAUUCAUGCAAUACUUGUAUGGGGACAUCCAGCAGGACCACUCGAACGAACGAAGAUGUUUGGGGAGUUCAAGUAUGUGAUUGGCGGCUAUACUUACUCACUCUCGGCUAUCCAACAUGGUAUUAUACGGGGUAACCAGCGACAGCCUUACCAUCUUGCGAAACCUUUUAAUGAAAAGGAUAAACGGUCCAUGGUUGCUCUGCCUUAUGCAGAGCCUUUGAGUCAUUUUGCUAUGGUUUGUGGCACUCGUUCUGGACCACCUCUCCGAUGCUUCUCGCCUGGAGAGAUCGACAAAGAACUCAUGGAGGCAACUCGCGAUUUCUUAAGAGGAGGAGGACUCUUAGUUGAUCUCAGUUCCAAAGUUGCAUACAUUAGCAAAAUCUUUAAUUGGUAUGCGGUGGAUUUUGGAAAUGGUGAAAAGAGUGUACUGAAGCAUGCGUCAACCUACUUGGAACCUCAAAUUUCAGAAGAGUUGCUGGAUGUGCUAGUUGAUACUCAGUUUAGAGUUGUCUACCAAACAUAUGACUGGGGACUUAACCACUAAAAUCGGAUGGUCUUAUGCAGUCUUUUUAAGUUGUGCUUCAUAAUAUUUUAUCAUAAUUUGUUAGUGGUUGGAGAAAAUUCUGUUGGUGGCACUGAAAACCAAAAAAAAAAAAGAUCAACCUCAUGGAUGACUAGAAUCUAAUACAGUCAACUUUUUCAGAUUUGUACAAAUCCUGUCUAUCAUGUAUUUUUCUUUUUCUUACUAAUGAGCUACCACUCACAUUGGUUUUCAUGCCU